UGAUGGCACAUCGUUGGUUUGUAGUGUUUCCUGGCCAUUUGCCAAUGCCGGGGUCAUAGGUCCAUGGAUUGGACCCACAUACCCAUCACUGGAGCCUGAGGGGAACAAGGGCGAUUUUGUGAAUAGAAAGUCCUUCACAACAUCAAUGUUCAGGUGCGACUGGGUGACGACACCUUCUGUAGAUAUAAAGAGAAGCAGCAGUUUGUUUCCUCUGAAGGUGAAGCCACAAAGUCUCUUCAGUUCAGGUGAGUUCACACAGAGCAUCAGACAGAUUUUAUCCAUCAGCAGUUUCAGCAGAAAUCUGACAAUGAAGCUGGUAUCCGUCGUCCUCCUCCUCCUGGCUCCACUGUUGACCAGCUGCCAGAAGCCCGUCCUCCCAGUGGACUGCAGUGACAUCUAUCACCAAGACAAGAGCCGACCCAGCGGAGUGUACAUCAUCUACCCCACUGGAGAAAAGUCUGCUGUCCAGGUGUACUGCGACAUGAAGUCAGAAGGAGGUCGGUGGACGGUGUUCCAGAGGAGGAUGGACGGCUCGGUGAACUUCUACAGGCCCUGGGAUCAAUACAAGAAGGGUUUUGGCUUCCCGUCUGGAGAGUACUGGCUCGGUCUUGACAACAUCCACUACCUGACAUGCAACCGAAAAUAUGAGCUGCUGGUCGACAUGGAGGACUUCGAGGGGAAAAAAGUGUUUGCUCGGUACACUUCAUUCGUCGUUGAUUCAGAAGAUGCUGGAUAUCUGCUGCGUGUAUCUGGAUUCAUCAAUGGAGGGGCGGGAGAUGCCUUGAGUUACCACAACGGACAGAAGUUCACCACCUUCGACAAAGACCAGGACUCCUGGUCUGCCAACUGUGCCAGAUCAUUCCUGGGGGCGUUCUGGUACAAUGCUUGUCACUACGCAAACCCCAAUGGGGUUUAUCGUUGGGGGGCUGACAAGACUCUCUUUGCUGUUGGAGUGGAGUGGCAACAAUGGAAGGGUUUUGACUACUCCCUGAAGACCUUCAGCAUGAAGAUGCGUCCUGUGCACUAAAUCUCCAGGACCAACGUACAGCAGAAUAUCAGCUGAUCUCUUGUGAUUUCUUUCUCUUUCUGUCAUUAAGCAUGUAAUCUCACUGUGGGCCGUAAUUUCCUGAAACUGGGCACAAGCACAAUCCACCAGCACAAGAACACCAACUAAUAUUUGUCUUUUUUUUUACCAUCUGUGGCUCCAAGCAGUCGCCGCUCGCUGCAGCGUGGAAGAAACGCAGACAGAUAAAAGCAGCAGACAGAUGAAAUAUUAAUUGCACCACCUGGUCAGCCUCAGCUGCACCACCUGCCUGGUGCAGAGAAAUGACCAAACACAGAGCGCCACCAGCUGACUUCUGCCUUGUGCCAGCAGGAAAGUAGGGCCCAUAAUCUUUAAAUGGAAACACAUAUGUAGAGUCUGAUAGUGUGUAAAUCGCUGCAUUACCUGCCAACACAAUUUUAAAGAAAAAAAGUAUCAGGAAAUCUUUGCAGUUUUGCAGUUCAGUUACAGCCAGUUGAAGGUAGACGGACGUCAGCAGCUGAAGUAAAUAUUUCCAUCUAAAAUAAAAGUCAGAGUUUGAUUGUGUGUGUGAGCAGCUGCUGGCUGUAAAGAGAAAUGAUUCUCUGCUGGUUAAGAUGUUGCCUUCAGUCCGCUGGCUGCAGCUAAACACACUCUCAGCUUUAAAGUCAAACUAACUAGUUUCAACAUAACGUUUGGUGGAGGUUUGAAUCUUUAUCUGCUGCACGGUGACAAUAAAUGAGAAGCUGAGCAGAAA